AGCAGGAGGAGGAGCGGGAGGAGAGAGAGGAGCGCGAGGAAGAGGAGGAGGCUCCGGCCGAACCGGAGCCAGAGCCCGUGUCUGUGUCCGAGUACCAGAGUCCGGUUCACGAGCCGCGGCGCCGAGCCAUGGUGCACCCGUCCGCCCAGGCACCGCUGCCCAAAGACUACGCGUUCACCUUCUUCGACCCAAAUGACCCGGCCUGCUUGGAGAUCCUCAUGAAUCCCCAAACCACGGUCCCUGAGCUGUUCGCCAUCGUGCGACAGUGGGUUCCCCAGGUGCAGCACAAGAUUGACAUCAUCGGCAAUGAGCUCCUGAAGCGUGGUUGCCAUGUGAACGACCGCGAUGGUUUGACCGACAUGACGCUGCUUCACUACAGCUGCAAGGCCGGAGCGCACGGAGUUGGCGACCCGGCGGCAGCGCUGCGUCUCACCACUCAGCUGAUCUCGCUGGGCGCCGACGUGAGUCUGAGGAGCCGCUGGACCAACAUGAACGCCCUGCACUAUGCCGCGUACUUCGACGUCCCGGAGCUGAUCCGAGUCCUGCUCAAAGCAGCCAAACCCAGAGUCCUGAACUCCACAUGCAGCGAUUUCCACUAUGGUACGGCUCUCCACAUCGCCGCCUCCAACCUCUGCCUGGGUGCAGUCAAAUGUCUGCUGGAGCACGGAGCCAACCCCACCGUCCGGAACGAUAAGGGUCAGGUUCCAGCAGAGGUGGUUCCCGACCCAAUGGACAUGAGCCUGGACAAGGCGGAGGCGGCAAUGGUGGCCAAAGAGCUGAAGCAGCUGCUACUGGACGCCGUUCCACUGAGCUGCAAUCUUCCCAGAGCCACGCUGCCCAACUACGACAACAUCCCAGGAAACCUGAUGCUGGCCGCUCUGGGGCUGAAGCUGGGAGACCGCGUGGUGCUGGACGACAUGAAGCCCCACAGAGACCAGAGCAGAGACGACAGCCCGGCUGCAAAACGCAGACAGGCUGGCACUCUGAGGUUUUGUGGUACUACAGAGUUCGCCAGCGGGCAGUGGGUCGGCGUGGAGCUAGACGAGCCAGAGGGCAAGAACGAUGGCAGCGUGGGCGGCGUCCGCUACUUCAUCUGCCCUCCCAAGUUAGGGAUUUUCGCUCCAGUUUCAAAGAUUUCCAAAUCUGUGGACCAGACGCCUUCAUCAGUCACCUCCACCCCAAGAACACCCCGCAUGGAUCUGGCCUCCCGCCUCGCAGGAAAGACCAAGAAGGAGAAAGAGAAGAAGGAGAAAGAGCGAGAGAAAGCCCAGAAGAAGAAGGCUUCAGUAGCCAGUCUGGAUCCAGAGGGAAUGAAUGUGGAGGUCGGAGAUCAGGUUCUGGUAGCCGGACAGAAGCACGGCAUCGUUCGUUACUUUGGCAAGACAGACUUUGCUCCAGGUUACUGGUUCGGUAUCGAGCUGGACCAGCCCACAGGGAAACACGACGGCUCGGUGUUUGGGGUCCGCUACUUCAGCUGCCUGCCCAAAUAUGGAGUGUUUGCUCCGCCCUCCCGUGUCCAGAGAAUCGGAGGCCCUAAGGACGGCUCACAGAACGACAGCUCCACGGUGAAGAAGGUCCACCAGAUCACCAUGUCACAGCCGAAGCGUAACUUCAACACGAUGCGUUCUCCUAAAGACCUCACGUCUGAGAGCUCCAUAUCCAGGCUGCUCUUCUGUUGUUGGUUUCCGUGGAUGCUGCGCGCUGAGAUGCAGUCCUAACUACGCCCUUCCUCUUCUCUCUUCUACUCCACCACCAGAUCAGUCUCUCCGCUGUACUUGCUCUCCAUCUUCUACUCCUGCUUUCACCGACUUUCGCCGUCGUCAGUCAAACUUCUCGUGGUGACCCCGUCCCCCUCCUCUCUUAAUCUCAGCCCAGAACCUCCUAAUUUAGCCGUUCUAUAGCAAAAUCUAUAGUGCCUUGUAUCUGAUCAAAACGUUCCGCAUUCCUUUGAAGAAACCGAGAAUCCGAUUCCUCCAAAAAACCCAACCUUCCACGUCUUCUCACCUCAUCGUCCCAGCUCGGUAUUUGUCUGUGCUGUGCUGUCAUUCGGGGCCUAACAACAACCACCAAACGUUCGUUUGUGCUGCUACGUGCUUUUGUUUUUGCUGCUACUAGCUUUGGGUCUUAAACAGAUUUUGUCAUUAAUGCUAAGCUCGGCACAAGCUAGCUCAAACGUGGACAAUAAUGCAGAUAUUCAGCCUGUGCUUUGUGGUUUGGCAGAUGUGUUUGUUAAAUUCUCAGACGCUUUCUGCACAAAUGAAUAAGAGCAGCGCACGAGAGCUCAAACAGUUUGUGCAAAAUAAGUUUGUCUGCUCGUCUGAGACCAAGAACCUCUGCCGUCUCCGCUUGAGUUAAGAUGUAAAAAUCCCGAGUGCAUGGAGGGAAAAUCCCAGAAAACAUCCCGACUCCAAACUGUUUGAAACUCAGAAGUGAAAACAGGGUUUUUACUUGAACGCAGCCAAUAAUUGUCUGUAGGAGAGUUUAUUUCCACUGCUGAUGUGUGAGAUAAGUAAGUGGUUCUUGGCCUCCGGGUUGACUCGCUGUAUGUGGAGGAGUGUGGAUGCUAACAUUUAAUAACAAGAAGAAGUUUUAUUUUUAAUUUACAUUUUUACAUUUUUCCUGACCACAAAGAACAGCUUUGAUGUUUAUCCUGCUGUUUGUCAGCCGUUAAUCUUUAAAGGUACUUUUAGCAAACGUCUGGCAGGAAAUGCAACGCACAUUUUCACCACAAGGUGGCAGCGCUUCAUCUGAGCUCCAGUGUAGUUUUCCACCAGCACUACAGUCGUCUACAUGCACAGAACGAUUUUUGUGCUCCAAUGAAUAAAAUAAGUCUGAUUAGCAACAUUUGUACGAAUGCUGAGCUAAUUUGAGAAUUUCUCGUGAGCAGUUUAGGUCCACCUGGUGGUCGACAGAGGUAUUACAUCAAUUUGCAUCUGCAACAUAAAUGUCUUUGACAUAAAGGCGCAAGCUGGUUUAUUUUUUGAAGGAUUGAAUCUGCUUUUGUCCAAGAAUUCUUUACAAAAAGGACCUUUGAUUAUAGUCACUGCUAAUCAGCGUACUGCCAAAUACUCGGACUUUAACACUAAUAACAGGCUCCAGUUGUAAUCUGUUAACCAUAAACUGCUAACUGACCCAAACCGUUGACGUUUCCGGCCCCAUUUCAUGAGACUGUCAUGUCUUUAUGUUGCCUCUGAACACGAGCUUCAGUUCCAGCUAAAUGUGAUGUCCAGUCCAUUCAGGGUUGAAUAUGUCUUUGUAAUAUUAAGCGUCCCUUCAUCAGCGCCUCCAUUUCGAGGUUUUUAAUGACCUUUACUUAGAAGUUUAACCCCCAAACGAGCUCCCGAGUCCAAAUCUUUGAUCUUCCUCUGACCCUCCUCUCUCGCUCCUCUCUCUCUCCAUUUAAAUAAGACUUUGGUAUCUUUUGUGAAUGUGAGCAUCCGCGAAAA